AAUAAUGAUUUGUAGGGUUCUGUUAUCAGUAUGGCUGGUCCUAAACGAGGGAUCGAAUUGGUAGACACUAUUGUACUCGAAUAUGAUAUGAGGAUCAAAGCAGGUGACAAAGAACAGGAUGAUCUACAGCUGAUUGAUGGUGUAUCAGUCAAGGACGACAUAAGCACCCAGGACCGUGACGUAUUCACAAGACGAAUCCGUGGCGAAUAUGGCGUAGUUGAGAUAUCUAUGUCACGUCUUAACUAUGCAGUUGAGGCUACUGUACAAGUUCUCGUAUCUGAAGUGUAUAGCAGCUUCAAUAUGCAUCUCGGAUGUUUUACCAGCGGGCUGCAGGAAGAAAUCCAGCUCUUUGAUGGUGCCGUUGACGAGUCAGGUGUCUUAAAGAGAUCGGUGAUUGCUGUGAGGAUGGGUACUUCUAUGGAUUUGAAGUUCAAGGUAGGUUCAGAGGCAUCCUUACCUGUGGAGCAUUGCUGUUCCUUCAAGGCGAACCAACAUGGGUGCGUUAGUCAAGAGAUUAAGACUGAUCGUGCGUUGGUUUCAGUAAAUGUCACGUGGUCAACUUUGCCUUUAGUUAGACUAUAGAUUAGGCAGUUCUUUUUUUUUAAUACUCCACCCGUCCCAAAACAAAAUUUAAGGGCUAAAAUAACUAAUAUUUUAGAAUGGAAGUAGUAGAAAAUAAAGUUGCCUCUGUUAUGAGGAGGACAACUAAUAUUUGGUUCAAUGGGCAUGAAUGCUCCAGUGUCGUGGGGUGCAGUUUGAUCACAUUUUGUUUCUCUCC